AUGACCAUCAAGUACCGCCCCGGAAAGGACAUUCCGAUCGCAGACGCGCUAUCCCGACUGUCGCCAGAGGAAACAGAGCCAAUUGAGGACCUCGACGUCAGUGUACACGCCGUGUUCCCGCAAUUCAGCGAUGCAGCGAUGACGAGGAUCCGCGAGGAGUCGGCUAAAGACGCCGAGAUGUCAGCACUGAAGGAGAUGAUCUUCAGUGGCUGGCCAUCAGAGAGGAGCGCGGUGCCGGCAAUUCUGCUCCCGUACUGGAAUUUCCGCGACGAGAUGAGCACCGAGGACGGUCUCAUCCUGAAGAGCAGUCGCGUCCUGAUUCCCCCGCCAAUGAGGGGGGAAAUCCUCAGCAAGCUGCACUCCAGCCACCAAGGCAUAGAGAAGACCAAGCUGCGAGCCAGAACGUCCGUCUUCUGGAAGGACAUCAACAAGGAUAUCGAAGCAACUGUCUCAUCUUGCACGACGUGCCAGCGCCACCAGAGCAGUCAAGCCAAGGAACCACUGAUGCAGCCCGAUAUUCCACCAAGGGCAUGGCACACCUUAGGCACGGACCUGUUCUACCUCGGCGGGUCAGAAUACCUCAUUGCCGCCGACUACUACUCCAAGUACUUUAUCACCCGGAAGCUGCCUGCCGGACAAGCGACCAGCAGGGCCAUCAUCCAGCACCUCAAGGAGAUUUUCGGUGAGCACGGCAUCCCAGCCGUGCUGAAGUCGGACAACGGGCCGCAAUACAGCAGCCAUCUGUUCGCGGAGUUUGCUGCCGAAUAUGGAUUCCGCCACAGUACGUCGUCGCCACAUCACCCGCAGAGUAACGGGUUUAUCGAAUCGCAAGUCAAGAUCGCUAAGAGAGCUCUCGAGAAGGCAAGGGAGAGCGGGACCGACCCGCACUUAGCACUGCUGUGCAUUCGCGCCACCCCAGUGCGCCAGGGCUUACCGUCGCCGGCCGAGAUGCUGUUCGGUCGUCAGGUACAGGACAACCUGCCUCGCAAACACCAGCGCGACACUCGGGACGAGGCCAUCCGACAGAAGCUCGAGGAACGGCAGGACCAGCAGAAAGUACACCAUGACCAGCGAGCGCAGUCCCUCCGCCCCCUAGUUCCUGGUCAGCACGUCGGCAUCCGCAGCCCGACCACGCACCUGUGGGAACCUGGUAUCGUAACCCAGUCUGUCAACGGGCCACGGUCAUACAUGGUGCAGCCUGACCAUGGGACAGAAGUACGGCGCAACCGUACCCACCUCAGAGAGAGGCGGGUCCACUUCCCGCCGGAUGCCAGUCUCGCAGGCCCUCAGCCGCCGAGUGACGUGCCGUCGCCGUGGAGCGACGUUAGCCAGUCUCAGCCGCCGUCACCGUGUGACGUCAGCCAGCCUGCUGAACCUGCCACCCAGCUGUAUCGAACACGGUCUGGCCGCGCAGUCGCACCCAGGUCAAUCCUGGAUGUGUAG